AUGGCGUCCACCGAAGAUUCAACUCCUCAACUACACGUCGACGAUGUCUGUACAUCCAAUAGCAGCAAUCUCCAAGCAGUCGGCUACAUCGACAGGACGCACGCCGAAGUGGAAAGCCAUGCACCAUAUCCGUUGAACGUAUAUGGCAGAGUUCAACGUCACAAACAGGUUCCUCGCCAACUCUUCAAAGAAUUUUUGCGGGAUGGCGUCCCUCCACAAGGCUUUGUACUAAUGCAAUGGCAAACCACAACCAAAGCCGAAUUGGUGCCAUGUAGCGAUCUUGUCUUGUUGGAUCGUUCAUUCAUGUCUGGAGACCUCGUGCGCAAGGGGAACCGAUCGGGAACCGUCGUCAGCACAAGGACAAAAUGUACACUACUCGGCAUGUGCGACGUCAGAGAGACGAAAAGCAACAAGGUUGUGAAGUGCGCUUGGUUGCCAUUGCCCAUGGAAGAAGAGCCUUCUCUCGAAUUGGUCGCAGAUGGCACGCUGCUCUACGAUGUACCUGCUUCCGAACUCAAGCUCGUCCAAACUUACAAUGAAGGCGACGUAAUCAUAUACAAGAACUGGAUUGGUCGCGUCAAAGACUGCUUCGAUGAAGUCACUGUCAAGUUGACCGACAAUGGUGUUGUAAGCAUCACUGAUUCAGGCAAUCUUGAACCCAUGAGCGGCGACCCCGAGGAGAGAUUUGCUGUUGGAUCACUCAUCAAGACCAAGAAAGGCGUCCUCAGGACUGGUAGAUGGGUGUUCGGCACCUACAAUCCAAAUACACCACCUGUAGGUGUCGUAGUUGAAGCUCGUACGAAAGAGUGUCAAGUGGACUGGCUGCACCACCGAAUGGAGCGAGCCAGUGAGUUUCCACUUUGGAGCAGUGCCCCUGAGGGCUUCCUUGGACCCGACGAACUAGAAAGCGAUGAGGUCCGCCUGUACGACGUUUCAAGGAUGCCCACUACCUCUGAAGAUGCACACAAGCCGACCAAGGCGCGCUCAGAUCCCGAGUUCCAAGGCGGACUUCGCGUCAGAUUCAAAGACCUUCCUGGAGCGUGUGCCAAAUAUGAUGGGUCAACCGCUCAUGGCAAGCUCGAGAAACUCGACCGUGCACAAAAUCUUGGAUACGAUCUCAACGCUUUCACCAUCACGAGCACAACUACAGAAGCUGAUGUUCUUUGGAGCGACAAAACCAUCGAGACAGUCCGAACAACUUCCAUCAUCCCUGAUCCCUCAAUCGAUGAUGAGGACGCUGUAUUUCCUGGUGAGAUCAUCUGUACCAACGAGACAAGAGCUCCUCCACCAGAGGCCAUGACCUCUUGGGCCAUCACUCCAACACGUGUAGGCGUCGCUCAACGUGUGAACGGAAAGGAUAGAGUAGCGCAUGUCAAGUGGUUCAAUGAGACCACUCUCUCAUUUUGUGACAAAAGCUUGACUCUGCUGGUCCCGGACACCAAACUUGGAACUCUGAGCAAAGAAGAGGAAGAAGUCAGUUUCUACGAUAUCCGGGCACCCAAAAGUGUCAAUCGCAACAGAGGCGACUACGUGCUGCUGCUAAAAAUACCAAGUCUCGCUCAACAAACUGAGACUGGCAGUAUUAACUGGUUCGGGGAGAUUGUGGACUUGGGCAUGAACGGGAAGUGUACGGUCAGGCUAGGAGCAGCAGAGCCGGUCCAAGAAGUCGAGUGCGACAUCACAGACACAGUGCCUGCCAUGAAUCUACACGAUGGCGACAACCCGUUCGUGGAGAACGGUGAUGGAACCGGCGAGUACCUCAGCGAUGGAAGCGAUGACAUGGAUUUUGACAUGGAAGACUUCUCCGAGGAGGAAGACGUCUGGUUUGAAGAUGGGCAAGACAUCCCGAUCGACGAUGCAGACGAUUCUUGGAGUACAGAGGAUGAAGAGGGCCAUGACUUCUCAGACGCAAUGUCAACACAAGACGACUUCCCCGCCACAGAACAACCCGCGACACAUCCAGUACCUGCUCCUCAGCCUCCUCAAGCAGUACAGAUCAACAACGACGGUGCUACCGACCAGACGAUGAGCAACAUACCUGUCGAAGAGCUACUACUAUCCUCCUUGUCAAACACUCCAGCGGCCUAUGAAAUACUUGAAACAGAAGUUCCUUCAGGUCAUCACUACCUACUCCAAAGUGGACCCACAUCUGCAAACCACAUGAAAGGUGUUUCCAAAGAGCACAAGAUUCUCAGCGCCCCUGGGGCACUCCCGGAAGGCGUCUACGUUCGGACGUGGGAGUCCAGAAUGGAUUUGAUUAGAGUGCUAUUCGUUGGUCCGCUUGGAACACCAUAUGAGUACGCUCCGUUCAUGAUCGAUCUACAUUUACCUGCACAGUACCCUUACGAGCCCCCGAAAGCCUUCUUCCACAGCUGGACAGCAGAAGGUGCGGGUAUGUCGGGUAGAGUAAACCCUAACCUGUACGAGGAGGGAAAGAUCUGUCUGUCUCUACUGGGCACGUGGCAAGGUGAUGAGGCGCGUAACGAAGCAUGGGCACCACAUCAGAGCACCGUGCUGCAAGUACUGGUCAGCAUCUUAGGUCUCGUCCUGGUCAGGGAGCCGUACUACAACGAGGCAGGCUUUGAGCCGCUUCAAGGACUUUCUUCUAUCAACCAGAACAGUGUGGCCUACACAGAGCGUACAUACCUUCGCGCAAGAGCCUUUCUGAUCUCACCGGUUAGUCGCCUGUGUAGAGGCGAGACGGCAGGUCUGGAAGGACUCGAGAACGUACUCCGCUGGCUCUACAUCAACAGUGAUGGAGCGAAGUUAUUGCCAAAAGCCAUCAAAGCAGCACACACAAUUCUCAGGAACAGCGAAGAGGGAGCUGAGGUCGAGGCUCGCGACGGACUCAGUGUGGUUAGCAGAGGAGCAGCUCUACCAUUGAAGAGAGUCGUGGCACGCUUGGAACAGCUAGAGCAGGAGUCAGCUUCACAAACCGAACAGUAA